AUGUUAAUUUAUUUGGAUGAUUUAAUCAUUUAUUCAAAAAAUCUUAAGGAACACUUGGAACAUUUGAAGUUGGUAUUUGAUACACUUAGAAAAGCUAACCUUCGGGCCAAAUUGAAAAAAUGUAAAUUCAUGUGCAAAACUAUCACAUUUUUGGGUCACCAAAUAAGCAAGGAAGGCAUCAAACCGACAGCUGAUAAGUUAGACAUUAUCAAAAAUUAUCCAUUCCCAAGUUCUCCAAAGGAAGCCCAAUCCUUCUUAGGUUUCUGUGGGUUUUAUCGAAAAUUUGUCAAAAACUAUAGUCGUUUAGCUAGACCACUUAAUUUGUUUGCUUUGAAAAAGUUGAGACGAUGUGAAGAAGUUGAAAAUGCGUUCCAAGAAUUGAAAACUAGGCUAAUUAACGCUCCAAUUCUUGUCAACCCCGAAAAGGGAGCAUCUUAUCUUAUUACCUCAGAUGCUUCUGACUUUGCUAUGGGGGGCAGUAAUUGA